AUGAUAAGACGUAAAAUAACAAAACGAGUAUUAAUAGUGUGUGGAUUUGUGCUUCUCCUUUGUAUUUUACACAAAUACAAGCCCUUAAAAGACAUCAAAGAAAUUACCAUAGAUGAAAUACAAAGUGCAAGUUUGAGGGCGAAUUUAGACCAAGUAGCAUCAGUAAAUGUAAUACAAACUGAACAAAUUCUUAAAGACGCUGGUGCUAAACUUGAAAAAAUGGACCUUCAAGGAACUAAUGAUAUUAAACAUGUUAAUUCGGGAGAUACUUAUAAUAAUGAAAACGAUAAUCAUAAUCAUAAAAAUGAACCAGCUGAACACAACGAUCGGGAAAGGCUAUGGAAUGAUGGAAAUAAUUCGAUACACGUUGACAAAAGUACAAACACAAGAACAAGCAGCAUUAUGAAUACAUCUAACCUUUAUACAACUCACUACAAACAAGAGGUACUUCCAGAGACGAAGAAACUUCCUGGUUUGAUUAUCAUAGGAAUACACAAAUGUGGCACAUUUGCUUUGUCAUUUUUCUUAGAGAUUCACCCAAACUUAGUGCGAACUCCAGGUACUGAAAUACACUUUUUUGACAAGAAAACGGAAUAUGAGAAAGGACUGAAUUACUAUAUCAGUCAAAUGCCUCUUACUGAUCCUACUCAGAUUGGUUAUGAAAAAACUCCUGGCUACUUUGAUAAUGCAGACCCAAGAGAUAUUUACAAUGCUAACAAAGAUGUUAAGUUGGCCAUUAUAGCAUGUGACCCUAUACGAAGGACAAUGUCAAACCAUUUGUUACAGACAUUGGUAUUCAACAAAACUAGAACUUACGAGGAGUGCCUUUUACAUAAAAAUGGUACACUGGACACAGAAGGCUGUCCUUACAUUUACAGGGGGCACUACGCAACUUACUUCAAACGCUACUUGGAGGUAUUCCCCAGAGAACAAAUAUUGGUUGUAUCUACUGAUGAGCUAAAAAGUGAUAUUAUUGGUGUUAUCAAAAAAUUUGAAAUCUUUUUAAACCUCCCAAAAGUAGUGAAUGAAAAUAUGUUAUAUUUUGAUGAGACUUCGAAGCAAUUCUGUGUCAAACCAGAAUUCUGGAGUAGAAGAUUCAUGGGUAAAUAUAAUGGAUGUAUGCUCCGUCCAAACAAGCACCACGAUCAUCCAGAAAUUCAUCCAGAACUGGUGAAGAAACUUGCUAGUCAUUUUAAGGAUCAAAACAGAGAGUUUGCACAACUGACUGGUAAAAACUUUUCAUGGGUAGAAUAAAAAAUGCAAUGUAUGACCCGAUACAGACGAAAUUAUAGGAAAG